UUUGGUUUUUAACAUUGUUUUGAGAAUCUUGUUUCAGGUACCUACUAUGGACGGAGCAUAUUGGAGCAAUGGAUACAGUUUUCAACAACCUCAACAGUAUGAUAAUUGCCCACCAUCUAUGGGGUACAAUCAAAACCAAUUUAUUGGUUAUGAUGCAUAUCCUAGACAACCUUAUAGUGAUUUUCAUACAUACCAACAACAACCUUGUAGUGGGUAUGUAAGUCAAGCUCCAAGAGAGAACGCCACACAAGCCAAUUUCAGCAACACUUUUUCUUACCCGACUCCGAAUCGUAGUUAUGAUCAUUCACCCAUUCAAAGGGAAGAGUCAUGGGAAAGAGAACCUAUUGUAUCCAAUGGUGGCAAGCGUGUGAAUGUUAGAAAACUUGCAAAGAAAUUAUACAAGUUGGAAGAUGAUGGAGCCUCGGAAGAGCUUGCCGAUGAAAUUAGUAUGACCAUUCAUAUGGAACUUAAACGACGUCGUGAUAAAGGUUGGGAAACCUACGAUGAUUCUGAUUUCGGUGAGUCUGAAAAUGAAGUCGAAGAUGAGUGCAAUGGAGUUAUUAUGAGCAAAAGAACAAGAAAAAGUCCAUUCGGAGCGGAAAGGACAAAAAGGUCAGUUCAAUGGCGAGUGACACUUGGAACCAGCGAAGGUUAUGCAGCAAAGGAGGGAGCGAGUAAUGAUGUGGAUGCUCAUAAUGUGCUGAUGUUGAAGCUGCAGCAAGAACAAGAAGGUAACUGGGAUGUAGAGGCAGUGGUGUUACAGCUACAGAUUAACUGCGGAGUACUGGUGCAUAGGGAGAUGGCUGCACAUGGAGUUACAAAGAAUGUAGAGAUGGAGUUGGCAGAACGGAAAGGGAGUGAAUGGCUAUGGAUUCUGGGGGUGAGUGCAGCCAAGAGAGUGCCAGGGAAUGUAUAG